AUGGACACGAACGGCCCCCAGGGCCAGGUCUGUAAAUUCGUCGGCGAUCUGGCCGCGUUAGGCUCCAGUCAAAUGCAUGGCGAUAUUCCUCAAAGUAAUUCCUUCAAUGUCGUCCCCGAGACCGGCGAAGCUCGAUCAGGGAGAUUUGUGCGCUCUUUAGUAGACGUGGUGAUUUUGUCGUGCGGGUCAACAGAAGCACCCACGGCGCGUGAUGCUUCGGAUUUAUUGACGAAGGACGUUCAAAGCGAUGAUAUCACCUCCUUGUCGAUGAGGAAUACACCCCAAAAAAGCGGCCUAAUGUCGGAUACCUUCGCAUGCGAAAACCUCCUCCAACUUCGACAAAGGCGCAUCGGCCUCUGGAACGCCGAGCUGGAUCGCAUAUACCAAUUCAUCGAAGCUCAGGACAGCAUACCGAUCAAAUGGGAGAGGGAACUUCUAACAAUCCAGCAGACGUUAUUGGCAUGGAUGAAAGAGCACCUGCAACUGUAUAGGCAGUACGUGGAGCUGUGUCGACGAGAGGUUGCGGUUGAGAUGUUUAGAGCACAAGGGUUGGACAAUCAGCGAGCGAGAGGGAGGAAUACGUUGUAG